CAGCUCGACUCCGGCCUUUUGCCUGCUGUCUCUCUUGUAUACGUGUUGCGCGAUAUCCGCCCACGGCCUGCUGGAUCACGAGAAAAAACAAGCGCGCCGCUAAACCGUGUCCGUGUGCAGAGGGCGCCAUCCACGACCCCCGGCCCAAAACCUCACCUCGCUCUCGCCUUCGCCCUCGCCCAGCACCACCACCCGAUAGCCACGACGAUAGCCACGACACCCAACCCUCGCCCAGCUCCCUCCGAACAUGGCGGCAGCAGCAUGGCCGUAGCCCCGUCUAGCGAGCAGCUCCACCAUGUCGUCGCCCAAGAUGACUCCCCCGCCCCCGGCCACCCAUCCAUCCACCACCAGCGCGCUCCCGAGAUGGCUUCCACCACCACUACCACCACCGCCGAUGCGCCGCCAGCCCUGCCUGCCGUCAGCGCAGAGGACGCGCCUGCCCACCCCGGCCCCAUGGACACCAUCGACAACAUGAACACGGCCAACACCCUCAGCCAUCCCCAAAUCUCCCCUCUCGCCGACCCCAUCAACCUCGCCCAGUCUGCCGACAUGAAUGGCGACAUGAACGGCGACAUGGCCGCAACGACUGCCGUCGCUGCCCCGCUGCCCAUGGACGUCGCCACCGCCGCCUCUGCCUUCCCUGCUAUGGACCCCUUCAUGCCCCCAACCACAAAUGAGCGCCUCACGGCUUUUGCGCGCCUGCGCUUUGACGACGGCUCCUACUACAUGCACACCUAUCAGAUCACGCUCGGGCGCAAUAUCCACCUCGCCCACCGCGACAUGAAGCGCCUCAUCAAGGCCGAGGCGCUGCAUGCCAAAGGCCACACCAAAGCCGCAGAGGAGUACCUCAACGGGAAAAAGGACCGCAAGAAGAAGAAGCGCGAACGUCGCGGCGCUCGCAGCGUCAUCUCCGAAAAAGGUGGAAUCGUCAACGUACCCAUCGAAUCUAUGCCCAUGGAGUUCCAACAGCGCCGCCAGAGCAAUGCCUCCCACUCUCUCAGCUCAAACUCCCAUCCGGCUGGCGAAGCUGCUGAAGAGAACCCUGCCGAGCGCGCGCCCCAGAACAUGCUCAUGCAGACUUUUCCCGAGGUGCCUGCCCAGUUCGAUGGCCAUGUGCCUGAAGAUCCCAACGACUGUCCCUUCGUGCCCAUACACCCCCAGCAAAUCAUGGCCAAGACCGGCUCUCUGGGGCCCAAGGGCAUAUCGCGCGAGCACGCCAAGAUCUUCUUCGACUUUGAUGCCGGCCACUUCUGCAUACAUGUCUUGGGCAACAACGGCCUGCACCAUGAGGGCGACUUCUAUCCAAAGGGCGAAACUGUUCCCCUGGAUCACGGCGAUCACCUGCUCAUAGGCGCUGUUAACAUCCACUUCUAUCUACCUGACGUCGCACUUACUGAGCAGCAGCGACAUCGCCAAGAAUCCGGCUCGCGUCCUAUGAGCUUUUCCUUCGAGAACGGCAAUGGCCAGCUGGAAAGCGACGAACACAUCAGUUCUGAGAGCGAAGACCAACAGAGCGUCAACCCGCGCCACGUCUAUUACCACCACCCUGUGAGCGACAGCGACGAUGACGAUGGAUUGGCCGAUGAGGAAAUGGACGAUUACGAAGAGCCACUUCCAAAGCCUCGCCAGAAGACUAAUCUCAAGGGCAAGACUAAAGAAUCUGCUCGUGAGUCUGCCAAGGAACCCAAAGCGCAUAAAGAGCGCAAGGAAUCAAGAGAGCAAAAGGAUACAAAGGACAAAGAGUCGAUUCCGUCCAAGGAGACUAAAGAGCCGAAGGAACCCAAGGAACCAAAGGAGAAGGGCAAAGCGCCGGCCAAGACCCCUGCAAAGACAACUGUCAAGGACGAGGCACCCGCCGAAGAGCCUGUCAAGGACAUUCCCGUGGCCACCAAGAGUGAGCAGCCAAGCAAGCCUCCACCAAACGACAGCCCACCUCUGUUGCGCAAACCGCACGAAGGCGAACUCGAAGCUGGUGACAUAGAUGGUCUCAUCACAGAAGAAAUGGCCAUACAGCACAACUUGCCCCGAAACCUUAUUGGUCACGUGGUUGAAAAGCGCAAGGGUCCUGGCAGGCCACCCAAAGACGGCAUCAUGUCGAAGCGUCAGCGAUCUCAGCUCAUCAAGCAAGCCAAGGAUAUUGAGAGAGCGAGGGCAGCUGGAAUUGAUCCCGCCGAUAUUCCCAUACCGACAAUUAAGCCAAAGGCACCCAAGCGCAAAGAGUCAAAUGCUGGUGACGGAGACGACGAUGGUGUUGUGGAGUCUACCGAGCACGGUGAUGGUACUUUGUCUGGUCUCCAGAAACAAGUCAAGCCGAUGAGACCACCACGGACCCCUUCACCUGAGAUGCGUAUCGAAGAUUACACAGAGGAGCAGCUACAACGUCCCACUGCAAACUACGUGGUUCUUAUUCACGAAGCCAUCUCAUCGUCCCCUACCGGUCAGAUGAAUCUGCAGUCCAUCUACACCUACAUUGAGCGCAAGUAUCCUUGGUACAAGUUCAAGACGACUACAAGCGGCUGGCAAUCUAGCGUGCGCCACAACCUAGGCCAGCACGAUGCCUUCAUGAAGGGCGACAAAGAGGGCAAAGGAUACCUCUGGCGAAUCAAUCCCGAGGUCUCGAUCGAGAAGGAGCGCAGGAAGAGACAGGCUAGUCCUCCGCUCAAUCACGCGCCUCGACCACAAUACUAUCAGCCACCUCCCAACGGGUAUCAGCCCUAUCCCCAGCCCGGAUAUCCAUAUCAUCCCGGCAUGCCCCAUGCCAUGCCGCAAGCCCCACCAAGACUACCCCCGAGCCUUGCGCAGCCUCGUCUUCCUCCUAGUAUGGCUCGUGGCGAAGGCAAUGCCGCUGCUUCCAAUGGACCACAAAAUGCGCCCCACCCUUCACCCUAUGCAUCCCCUUGGGCUGGUGGCAACACAGGCGCCAGCCCACCAGCUGCAAACCCUCCACGGCCCUACCCGUCACCCCAUACACAGACGUCAACCGCCAAUUCAGCAGCUGGGUCAAGUGGGCAGUAUGGAGUCCUGUUUCCCACGGCCGCACCACAGCAAUCACCAUACAGUGGGCCCUCGGCACCAAGCCCUUAUGGUGGGCCAUACGCUACCGCUGGCGCCAGUCCAUAUGGUCCAGCGCCGCCUCGUCCGUAUCCACCAUACCCCGCAGCCGGACAGCAAGCCAAUGCGCCUACUGCAUCAUCCGCUCAACGUAAUGCCUCACCUUACGGUCCACCGCUGACCCAAGCUCCCGCGCAUCAGAGUUCAUCAAACGAGGGCUCAGCUCCACAUCCUUCCGGUCGGUACCCCAUUGGCGUACAUCCAGACCUCAUUCGCCAGCUCGAAGCGUAUCGUCUCGUGUACUUGGAGAAGAGACCAGGGCCUGAUGAGCAAAAGAAGGUUGACAAUGCUAUUCGGGCAUGCGUAGACAGGACCGUGCCCGAAGCAUCGUUGACAGAACCUGAGAGAAAGUUGCUCGAAUCCAUUUGCGGUGUGGAGAGUAUCAACAAGCAUGUCAAGAGAAACGUUGCUGUCAAACCGGAGGACACACCCGUCACUGUACCAGCUACUGCCGCUGGCACCGCAGCCGCAAUCGCCGCAGAUGCCGCAGCCAAUACGUUGGCUCAACACCAGCAGCAGCAACAAAAGUUAGCUGAACAGCCUCCGUCGGAAACUAAGUCAGCGUCGCCAGCACUUCCGCACGAGAAUAGCGAACCUCAAAAGUUUACGCCCAAUAUGACCGGCGCAUCGCCAGCACCGCCCGCCACGGUGCCACCCUCGACUUCAACCCCGGCACCUCCCGCAGCUCCUUCACAUCGCCCAAGUGUCGAGCCCAUCACCCCUGUUCCCGGUUCACCAGCAGUUCCGAAUGGCACCCCGUUGCGGCGUCCAUUGGCUGAGUCGACUGCAGAUAGCCUAGCCCGAGCAGAAGAGAGUACCAAGGCCGAGCCGAGCGAGGAACCUGAAAAAACGGAGUAGGAGUUUUGUUUCUUGUAAUGUUUUAGCUAUUGAGCGAUGGCAUGUAUAUUCUUUUCCCCCUUUCAGGACUCUACUCUUUUGCGC